AUGUUUACCUUCUGCCCUCUGCAGGGCGCUCUGUCCGAGUCGGCGGCGUCACAGUCGAUCCUCGAGCUCGAUGGAGGCGUCAAGAUCCUCAUCGAUCUCGGGUGGGACGAGUCCUUUGACGUCGAGAAGCUCCAGGAGCUUGAAAAACAGGUCCCGACACUGUCACUCAUCCUCUUGACGCACGCCACAGCAUCGCAUUUGGCCGCCUUCGCCCAUUGCUGCAAGAACUUUCCCUUGUUCACGCGAAUCCCUGUCUACGCGACGCGACCCGUCAUCGACUUGGGCCGUACUUUGACCCAAGAUCUCUAUGCCUCGACUCCUCUAGCCGCAACCAAGAUACCCCACGGUUCUUUAAACGAAGCCGCCUAUUCCUUUUCUCAACAACCCACGGCAGACAGCGAUUUCCUGCUCCAAGCACCGACCCCCGAAGAAAUCACCCGGUACUUUUCUCUCAUCCAGCCCCUCAAAUACUCGCAGCCACACGAGCCUCUACCGUCGCCCUUCUCCCCGCCGCUCAAUGGACUCAUGAUCACGGCCUACAACGCGGGCCACAGUCUCGGAGGAACGAUAUGGCACAUCCAGCACGGCCUUGAGUCGAUCGUCUACGCCGUCGACUGGAACCAGGCCAAGGAAAACGUGUUUGCUGGAGCAGCUUGGUUAGGCGGUGCGGGAGGCGGCGGCGCCGAAGUCAUCGAACAACUGCGCAAACCGACGGCGCUCGUCUGUAGUAGUCGAGGUGCAGAGAAGGUAGCCCAGGCUGGUGGUCGUGCGAAACGUGAUGAACAGCUGGUCGACAUGAUCAAGACAUGCGUUAGCCGAGGUGGUACUGCCCUUGUCCCGGUAGACUCAAGCGCACGCGUUCUGGAAAUUGCAUAUCUGCUCGAGCAUGCUUGGAGAGUAGACUCGGAAUCGGACAAUAGCAGUCUGAAAUCAGCCAAGCUUUACCUGGCCGGACGGAACAUGUCGAGCACCCUGCGGUAUGCACGAAGCAUGCUGGAAUGGAUGGACGAUAACAUCGUGCGUGAAUUCGAGUCGGUUGCGGAUGGGCAGCGCAGAACGAACGGCGCAGAAGCCAAGAGCAAAGAAGGGGUGCCGUUCGACUUUAGAUAUCUAAAGUUGGUAGAGCGUCGAGCCCAGAUCGAGAAGCUACUUUCCGGGUCCGGCGAUAAUGUCCAGGCGGAGGGUAGAGUCAUUCUCGCUAGCGACGAUACUCUAGAGUGGGGUUUCUCGAAAGACUUGAUCCGUGGGCUCGCGAAGGAUUCCAGGAACCUGGUCAUCUUGACGGACAAGCCGGCGAAAUCGCGCGCUGAACAGCCUUCAAUAGCGAGAACGCUGUGGGAUUGGUGGACUGAGCGCCGAGAUGGCGUUUCGGUUGAACAGUCUAGCAAUGGCAAUAGCAUCGAGCUGGUGUAUGGCGGUGGAAGAGAGCUUGAGGUUCAAGAGGCCAAGAGACAGGCCCUGGAGGGAGAUGAGCUCAACGUUUACCAGCAGUGGCUUGCCACACAACGCCAGCUUCAGGCUACAUUACAGAGUGGCGGCGGCGCAUCAUUGCAAGCGCCCGCAGACGCUGCUGAUGACGUCUCGUCGGAGUCCUCCUCCGACUCGGGCGAGUCCGACAACGAACGGCAGGGCAAAGCCCUCAACAUCUCAACGACCAUGGGCCAAGCGACGCGCAAGAAGGUCGUUCUGACUGACGAAGACCUUGGUAUCAAUAUUCUUACCAAGAAGCGAGGCGCGUACGACUUUGAUGUCAGGGGCAAGAAAGGACGCGAGAAGUCCUUCCCUCUCGUCAUGCGGAGGAGACGCGACGACCAGUUUGGAGACGUUAUCCGGCCCGAAGACUACUUGCGAGCCGAAGAAAAGGAGGAGGAGGCGCAGGAAAAUGUCGAACUGCGAGGAGACGGCGACGACGAUCGACUCGGUAAGAAGCGCAAAUGGGACGAUGGAAACAACAGGGCGUCAAACAAGCGCCAGAACAACCGGGCAGCCUCUGCAGACGACUUGGACGCCAACGCUGCGGGUGAUGACUUGACCGACGAGCUUGACGACGUGGAGGACACGGUCGAGGAGGAGAUACAGGGCCCGUCUAAGUUGUUGGUAUCAAGAGAAAAGGUCAUGGUCAACCUUCGCAUUGGGUUUGUCGACUUCAGCGGACUGCACGACAAGAGGAGUCUGAACAUGCUCAUCCCGUUGAUCCAGCCUAGGAAGCUCAUCUUGGUGGGCGGCACGCCGGAUGAGACGACGGCGCUCGCGACGGACUGCAAAAAGCUCCUGGCACAGCACACGGGAGCCUCGGAGGAGAACGGAAUCGACGUGUACACGCCUGCCAUGGGCACUUGGGUGGAUGCCAGCGUUGAUACGAACGCCUGGGUGGUCAAGCUGGCCGACAACCUCGUCAAGAAGCUCAAGUGGCAGAAUGUCCGCGGGCUGGGUGUCGUGACGGUCACGGGUCAGCUCAUUGCGGAGGCCUUGGCCAAGGAUAAGCUCCCGGAAAAGGACGACGGGGCCAACAAAAGGCAGAAGACGGAGGCAGAAGACGCCGACGUCGACGCCGACGAGGCCGUCAAGGAUGAGCACCAGGAGACACAGGUCGAAAAGGCAGAGGAGGCAGAGGAGAUUGAGGUGGUCCCGACGCUGGACCUCUUGCCCUCCAACAUGGCGUCGGCGGUUCGUUCCGUGGCCCAGCCGCUCCACGUGGGCGACCUGAGGCUCACAGACCUUCGGCGGGCGAUGCAGUCGGCGGGCUACACGGCCGAGUUCCGUGGCGAGGGGACACUGGUCAUCAACGGCGCGGUGGCGGUACGCAAGACAAGCACGGGCAAGGUGGAGGUGGAGAGCGUGGGCAUCGCGGACGCGGCGACGAUGAUGCAGCACCGCAGUACCUUCUAUGAGGUCAAGCGGAUGAUUUACGAUGGCCUGGCAGUCGUGGCCGGGGCAUAA